AUAAUUUAUUUAUUUAUGCAUUUUGAUUUAUGAUCUAAGAAUUAAGAUUAUGUUGAAGGUAUGAAGCUGAAGUUCAAACUUCAACCUUACCACAGAUCAAAUUGACCUUACCAAUAUUAUAUUAACUAUUAAAAAUCAAGGUGUCAUUUAGGUUGGUUAAUUUUUUAAUCUCCAUCAAUAAUAUUGUCAUGUUACGUUUAUUUUGUACUAAACCGAUCAAUUUGUCAACACUACGUUCCUUCAUUACUAGACAACCAACUAGGAGUUAUUCAUCCCUUACAAAAAAGGCAGCAAAUAAAAUACCAAUUCCAGUAUCGUCAAUCAAUCUAAGUAAAUUGAAUCCAAGAUGGAUGCUUGUUGGAUCUGUAGGAUAUAUUGGAUGUAGAUAUUUACUUAACGGAAGUAACAUAGUCCAUUGUCAACAUAUAGAACAAGAAUCAACAUCUGACAACCAUUUUGAUUGGAAUAAGUUAUUGUCUUAUUUGUCACCAGAUUUAUUUAAUUUAAUAGCGGCUAUUGCUACUGCAUUCAUUGUAGCUCUGUGCAAUUUAAGUAUUCCAAUCAACUUACAACAUGUUAUAAAUACUAUACUUCAGUUUGCUAGAGAUGGAGUACCAUUUGAUUUUAAAAAACUUAGCGACCCAUUAUUCAAACUGAUAGCGCUUUACAUAAUGCAGGGCAUAUCAACAUUUAUAUGUAUAAGCAUGCUGUCAAAAGUUGGAGAAAAUGUUGCUAUACGUAUGAAAUAUAAUCUUUUUUCAUCUAUACUUCAACAGGAGCUAGAAUUUUUUGAUAAAACUCGUACAGGAGAUAUUUUGCAAAGGUUAACAACUGAUGUACAAGAUUUUAAAAGUUCAUUUAAACUUGUAAUAAUACAAGGUCUUAAAAAUGCUACCCAAUUAAUUGGUGGAGUAUAUGCUCUAUACAACACAUCACCAGAAAUGACUGGAGCUGUAGCUAUUAUUUUACCAACUAUCAUUGUUAUAGGCACAUUUCUUGGCUCUAUUUUGAGAAAACUUAGCAAACUGGCUCAAGAACAAGGUACUAAAUCAACAAUUAUAGCUGAAGAAGUGAUUGGAAAUAUGAGAACUGUUCGUGCCUUUGCAUCUGAAUCUACAGAAUGUGAAAGAUUUUUGACAGAAAUUGAAAAUAACGGAUUAUUGCAUAGGAAGUUAGGUUAUGGUAUUGGGCUCUUUCAAGCUAGUAGUAAUGUGUUCCUAAAUGGCAUUGUUUUGGGAACAAUAUUCCUCGGUGGACAACUUAUGACGACCAGCAGUCUUGAUCCUGGACAGCUUAUGUCUUUUCUCAUGGUUACCCAAAUGCUUCAACAUUCUUUAGGGCAAUUCUCAUUAUUAUUUGGUCAUUAUGUAAAAGGUGUCGCUGCAGGGUCCAGAAUAUUUGAAUAUAUUAACAAGAGUCCUAAAACGCUGAUUAACGUGGGUAUUCAGAUUCCACAUCAUUCUUUUAAACCGGAAAUUGAAUUUAAAGAUAUUACAUUUUCAUAUCCAACCAGACCUGAACAAGUUAUAUUAAAAGAUUUCAAUCUUACUCUCCCUCCUGGUAAAGUGGUUGCUGUUGUUGGAUCUUCUGGAAAUGGUAAAUCUACUAUUGCUGCGCUUCUCAUGAGAUUUUAUGAUGUUAAUUCAGGAAGUAUAAUAAUAGAUGGUGUAGACAUUAAAAAUCUUGAUCAGACUUGGCUGCGUAAGAGAGUAAUUGGAUUAAUUAAUCAAGAACCAAUACUGUUUGCUAUGUCUAUCUUAGAAAACAUACGUUAUGGAAAACCUGAGGCAACAGACAUUGAGGUUAUUGAAGCUGCAAAAAUAGCCAAUGCUGAUUCUUUUAUCACCUCUUUUCCCAAUGGCUAUAAUACAAUAGUUGGAGAACGAGGUGUAACAGUUUCGGGAGGACAAAAACAAAGAAUAGCCAUUGCAAGAGCUAUUUUGAAAAACCCAGCAAUACUUAUAUUAGAUGAAGCCACAAGUGCACUUGAUACAGAGUCUGAAAUGCACGUGCAAUCAGCAUUAGAAUCUGUAGCAAAUGGAAAAACAGUUUUAGUAAUUGCUCAUCGAUUGAGCACUGUAAAGAAUGCAGAUGUAAUUGUAGUUUUGAAUAAAGGUGAAAUUGUUGAAGUUGGGGACCAUAAUACCUUAUUGAAAAAGAAAGGCUUUUAUUGGAAUCUAAUGAAUCAGCAGACAUCUGACAAAGCAAAUGCUGCAUAAAUUAUACACAUCAAAGUGAAACUAUUGAAAAGAAACUUUGUUUAGGUAAUAUUGUUAGUUAAUUAUGGUUUUUAUAAUAUUUUUAGUAGAUUUAUUUUGAAUUAAUUUUAUUAACCUAAAUUUGUUAUAGUGUUAUACAACUUGAAGUAUAUAGAAUAUCAAAUUAUAAUUAUAGCAUAGCAAAUAAUUUAAAAAGAACUGUUAUCAGAGGCUGUUUGACUGUACAAUUUUUGGUGCCUGAAUAUUAGGGCAGUGGGUGGUUUACUGGACAUUUGCAGACAGCAAUGCAUAAUUUUAAUUUUCAAUAAAGUAAUCAAUGAUAAUUGUUGUUAAAAAUCAUUAAAUGAUCAGUUAAUGGUUACUUUUAUAACACUUAACUACUGAAAAGAUUUGGUGGAUGUGCCUCAUAUCGAUAAUUAUAAUACUUUCAAACCGUCUCUAUUAUUUCCUAUAAAUCGUUGUUUUUAAUUUUAACCUUUGUUGUUAAUGAAACAACAAAGGGGGUUAUUAUAAUAUAAUAUAUAUUUAUAUAUAUUAAAUUAUUUGUAAACUAAGAAAAAAUAACACAUUAUUUAUAUUUUUAUAAUCUAAAUUAUAAUAUUAGAUCUAUUUUUCUCCACUUUUUUGAUAAUUUGUCCAGUACUUCUUCUUGUAUAAUUUCAAUAUGCCAAUAAUAACUUAAAAGCACUAAUCCAUUUAAACGAUCCUAUUUAGAGCAGAGUUUAAUUAAAAAAAUUUAAAUAAAUAUAAAUAAUUAUAAUAUACUUCUUUCAUACUAUUUGUGAGAUAGGUCUUUACUCUUUUUAAACUUGAAAAAGUUCUUGGCAGUGUGAACAAAAUGUUUAAGAAAAUAAAUAUAAUUAGAAAAAUUAUAGGGUCACAAUGCUUAAUAACAUCUAAUGCAUUUGAUUUCAAUACUUCAUCAGUACCAACUGCUACACACUUGCCCUUUUGUUUCCAAAUUUGUAGCUCACAGAUUGUCCUAGCAAUAUCAAUUUAUUGUAGAUAAAAACAAACCAGAGUCUCAAAAUCUGUAUCAUCUGAAUCAUUUGUAUCAUCAGUUACAUCACUUGUCAUCAAAACAGUUACGGUGAUGGUGAUUUGUCAGUGCGACCUAUAGACGAUACACAAAAUACCUUACUUAUAACCGAUAACAUCACAAACAUCUAUUACUAUUAUUGAUAAAAAUUUUAAUAAAAUAUAUGAAAUAAAUUAAUAAUUUUAAAUAUUCGAUAUAAAUUUAUUUACUUUCCAUGCUGUAAGGAGGGGGGAUUGAAGCCCCUAACCCCCCAUGUCUACAGCCCUGUUUGUAACCACAUAACACACUCAAUUAUUGUUAUAUUACCUAAAUGUAUUGCACUAUUGUUAAUGAUGUAAAACUAGCUGCCAUUUCUUAUUUCAGGUAGGAAAUAUUGUUAAUUAUAAAACCAAUGAUCUAAUUGAAAAGGUAAAAGUUAAAAGUUAAUAAAGUUAAUAAUAAAUAAUAUUUAAGAAACCAUGUUAAUAAUAUAGGUAUUUAAUUGUUUAUUUACUUAUUUGUUGUUACUUAUUAGCAGUGAUGUAGUCCUAAAAAUGUUUAUGGGUAUACUCCUUAAUCAUUGUAAAAAAACAUGGGAGGGGCAAUACCCCCUCACACCCCCCAUUGUUCAGUACUAUACCCACACGUUUGGUGAAACUAUUUUCAUUUGUAGAUAGCAUAUUAAACAAGUAUAUCCACUAUAUUGCGUAUAACUGUAAGUUGUCUAUAUAUCUAUAUAAUAUAAAAUAGUACCUCAUAAAGUAUGAUUUAUAUUUAAACUCAUGAUCCAUAAAUAAUUAAACAUAAUUAUUUACUUUGUAACGUUAAUACGUUUUGUUCAUGGUCCGUAGACCUGUGUACCACAACUUUCGUUAAGGGUACACGCAUAAAUAUAAAACUAGGAGGUGGGUACACGCCGUGUACCUGCGUGUACCCUCCACUACACCACUGCUUAUUAGGUACCUUAAAUUGUAUUAAACCGAUUUUGUUUUACAAAUUUUUUAUUUAUUGUUAAAUAAUAUUGUGCUGUACUAUUUGGAUACAAUGGUUAAUAAAUGCAUAAAAAAAUGCAAUCAAAAAUUUCA